AUGCAGACGCUCCACGUGGACUCUGUCCAGCGCUGGAUGGCGGACCUCCGCCACAUGACGGAGGUGGAGUGCAUGUGCGUCCUCCAGGCCAAACCCAUCGGGGUGGAGGAGGACGCCCAGCAGGGGGAGCUGAUCGUGGCCGCCGCCGGGGUCGCCGCCGGAGACCACGUGGCCCGGAACAACCUGCAGACGCUGCUCCGCCGGGCGCUGGUGGUCAGCACCGAGCUGGGCAAGAUGUUCCAGCGGCUGGAGAAGGGCCGCUGGCAGAGGGUCCACAGCACCGCCGUGAGGGCCAACUGCCACGUGCGCUCGCUGGUGCACGAGUACAGCGCCGCCCGGGCCACGCCCCCCGAGAUGCAGAAGUAUGAGAAAUCUCUGCUGGACAAGUGUCUGGAGCUCACCAAUAUUACAGAGAGGUGCCUUCACACCGAUGACGAGUUCUUCCUGAAGUCCAUGAGAGAGGCCAUCCACGAGAUCCUCACGGACGUCAGCGACUCCUUCAGCAACAUGAUUGACAUGGCUCUAGCCAAUGAGAUCCGGCUCCUGAUCAAACAGAUCGACUCAUCGGACAGCGUUCACACCAUCGGCAGCGCCAUCAGCAACCUGCUGUCCCUCACCCAGGACGGCCCUCAGCUCUGCAGCAUCAUCGCCAAGGAAGGAGCCGUGGUGGUCCUGUUUAAGAUCUGCAGGCAGGACCGCUUCAGAGACCUCUACGCUCACGCUCUGAGGACGGUGGCCUCCAUCUGCUGCGUGGAGGAGGGCAUCGAGCAGCUGGACAAGGUGGACGGGAUCCUGUGCCUGGCGGACAUCCUGACCGACGACGGCAGCGCGGAGGCCGCCCGGGCCGAGGCGGCGGCGGUGGUGGCUCAGAUCACCUCGCCGCACCACGCGUCCACGCAGCACCUCGCCAGCUUCCUGGAGAGCAUGCACGACAUCGUCACCGCGCUCAUCAAGUUGUGCGAGAGCGCCUCCUGUGGUGAAGUGUUCCUGCUGGCGUCCGCAGCCUUGGCCAACAUCACGUUCUUCGACAGCAUGGCCUGUGAGAUUCUCCUGCAGCUCAGCGCCAUCCACAUCCUGCUGCAGGCCUGCAGAGACCGCCAGAGGGUGGACACGCCCUACUCCAAAGACCAGGUGGUGACAAUCUUGGCCAACCUGUCCGUCUUAGAGCAGUGUGCCCCUGAAGUCCUGCAAGACCAAGGAAUCGAGCGGCUGCUGCUGCUGCUGGGAGAGAAGCCGACCUCCCCGAGUCCAUCGGAGGGCGCCGCCUGUGAGCGAGUUCAGCAGAAAGCCGCCGUCACCCUGGCCCGUCUGAGCAGAGACCCCGACGUGGCCCAAACAGCCAUCCAGCUGAAAGCUGUUCCUCGUCUGAUUGAACUGUGUCGCUCCCCCACUGAGAGGAAUAACAGUGAUUCAGUGCUGGUCGCUUGCCUGGCUGCCUUGAGGAGGCUGGCAGCGGGGUGUCCAGACAGCAUCGAGGCGGCCGACCACCAGCAGCUGAUCAAACCGCGGCUGGUCGACUCGUUCCUGCUGUGCUCCAACAUGGAGGAGAGCUUCGUGUGACGGCGAACGCCUGAUGCGCACGAUGUCUGCGCACGACGACAUCGUGCACGACAUCGCGCGGAAGCUUCACGACGAGCGGCUUCGCUGCAGAACAUUGCGUCUACGUCCACUUCCUGUCUGGAGAAUAUCGUCGUCAUCAAGAGUUUUAAUGGAGUGAAGCUGUCGGUUUGGGACGGACGCAGCAUCCACAUGUACAUACAUGCGUUGCCCAUAGCGACCACGUUGAAUGCAAUGGACGUGUACAGUUCUCCGUAAAAUUUCAUAUCGGUAUAAUUAUUUAAGAGUAGAUGAAAUGAAAUGAAAGUAUAACCUGUUCUGGAAUGAAAACACUUUAUAUGCCCGCUGUGGGAAGAUGUCGUCGGCUCUCUGACUGGGUGUGUUGUUUGUUGAAGCGCAUUGUACGGCACGUUGUUUAUUCUCUCGCCAUCGAUGUUAAAUAUUAUAUUUGCCACUGGAUAAUGAAUACAUAGAAAUGGCCUUUGAAUUUGAAUAUAUGA